GCGGCGCGGGCGGGCUCGCCGGGGCGGGGGAGAAGCGGCCGCGGGCGCCCGGAGAGCCGAGCCCUCGCCCGGCGGAGCGGCGCGUACCGGAGCGGACCAUGCCGGGGGCGCGGGGCCGCCUCCCGCUGCUUCUGCCGCCGCUGCUGCUGCUGCUGCUCCCGGCUGCGCCGGCGCCCCAGAGCUGCCUCAGCAGGCAGCAGCUCCUGGCUGCCAUCCGGCAGAUGCAGCAGCUGCUGAAGGGGCAGGAGACGCGCUUCGCCGAGGGCCUCCGCGUCAUGAAGAGCCGGCUGAGCACCCUGCAUGCCUCCCUGGCCAAGGCUGCCCCCGAGCCGCCGGCCGCCUCCUGCCCUGCCCUGCAAGCCCCCGCCAACGGGAAGAAGUUUGGCACCAAAUAUCUGGUGGAGCAUGAGGUUCAUUUCACCUGUGACCCGGGAUUCCAGCUCCUGGGCUCCAGCACGCGGACGUGUCAGGCCAAUGGCAGCUGGAGCGGGCAGGAGCCCCACUGCACAGAGAUCAGUGAGUGCUCGAGCAGCCCCUGCCAGAACGGCGGGAUGUGCCUGGAGGGGCUGAACCAGUACAAGUGCCUCUGCCCCCAGCAGUGGACCGGGGCCACCUGCCAGUACCAGGCGCAGACAGCUCCCCCCUCCUGGAGCGUCACCGAUGACCCGGCGUUCAGCCGGCAGCCCCGCUGCGCCCAGAUCGAGCAGACCCAGCACUGCAGCUGCGAGCCCGGCUUCCACAUGAGCGGCACAGCCGCCAACGGCCUCUGCCAGGACCUCAAUGAGUGCGAGGUUUACAAGCGGGACGGGGGUCCCCGGCUCUGCGCCCACGCCUGCGUCAACCUCCCUGGCUCCUACCGCUGCACCUGCCCCAGCGGGUACGUCCUCCUGGGUGAUGGCAAGAGCUGCGAAGACAUCGACGAGUGCGCCCUGUCCCAGCAUAACUGCACAAGGGGGACCACCUGCAUCAACAUGGGGGGGGGCUUCCAGUGCGUCAGCCCCCAGUGCCCCCAGCCCGCUGGCAACAUCACCUACGUCAAAACAUCACCCUUCCAGUGUGAGCGCAACCCCUGCCCGAUGGAGAGCCGGUCAUGCCACCAAGCACCCAAAACCAUCUCCUUCCACUACCUUCCCCUGCCAUCCAACCUGCUGACACCCACCCCGCUCUUCCGCAUGGCCACAGCCGCGGCACCCGGCCGGCCGGGACCCGACAGCCUGCGCUUCGGCAUCGUGGGGGGCAACAACCGCGGCCACUUCGUGAUGCAGCGCUCGGACCGGCAGACUGGGGAGCUUAUUCUGGUGCAGAGCCUCAAGGGUCCCCAGACCAUCCAGGUGGAUGUGGACAUGUCUGAGUACCUGGACCGUGUCUUCCAGGCCAAGCACGUGUCCAAAAUCACAGUCUUCGUCUCCGCCUACGAGUUUUAGGGGAGGCAGCAGCCGGAGCAGCUUCCCUGAUGGCGAUGGUCCCUGCUCCGCAUCCUCCACCCAAAAGCACCAGCCCUGGGGGCAAGCGUAUCCCGGGAGCUCCAGGUGACAUCCCAUGCCAAAGCCUCUCGGCAGCCAACCAUCCUCUCCUCCGUGUUAGGGUUAUUCUGCCCAGGCAGCUUUUACACCCACCUACGUGGGGGAGAAGAAAGCAAAUGAGGUGCAAAAGAAAUCAGGUGCAGGGGUGACCCGCGCGCCAGGCGCAGGAGGAUGGUGUCCUGCAGUCUCAGUGCCUACACAGCGUCGAAAACAGCGGAUAGAAAUCACGGCCCUUAUUUCCUUUUUAAUUCCUUUUUUUUUUUUUCUUUAGGAAAUAAGUGAAGCAGGAGGAGGGAGGCUCACAGCAGCUGCUGCUCUCCUCCCCGCUGGCCCAGGCUUGCUUACACUGACCCCAGCCCCAUAAAAAACAUGCCUCCGCUCCCCUUGGGAUGCCAAGAAAACCCACGGCAGCCCAUGGGAAGGGGGCUGCUCCGGCAUCUCAAUCCCUUGGGGACUGACUGGGACCGGAAAAUCCAUCCCCACGAGACCUGGCUGGCUGUCAGUGCCCCCCUGGUGUGGGAUGUGGCUGCUGGGUGAAGGAGGGGUCCCGGGGCUCUGUGGUGGGCGCCGGCGAUGGGCUGGGGCUGCCCUGUGCUUCAGCCCAUGGGCAGCCGCUCCUUAAACCUCCCGGACUGGGUUAUGAGUGCACAUCCCCGCCUGCACCAUGCCGUGACCUGGGGAGGGCUUUGGCUACGCUUGGUGCUCGUGUCGAGGGAGCUCGAGGUGUGAAUAUUUCAUUUUCCCAGUCGGCCGCAGCCCGCGCCCCGCUGUGUGUAUGCAGCUCCUGGAACAGCUGGGGCUCCGCGGCAGCAUGUGCCGGGCGGGGGACAGGCACCCCCACCCUGGGCUUGCACCCUGCCCUCUCGGUACCCGGUCCUUGGUGCAGCGCUUGUGCAUGUUAACCACAAAACCCCAACGUUAUGCAUGUUUCUCCAUUAUGCUGGUUUCAGUACAAUUAAAGGAUGAUGUAGCCUCUGA